UCUUGUAGUAUCGGAUAAAGAUAGCUUUUGCUGUCGGAUAAAAUUUCCGUACUUCGCUAUUAUUUACGUUUUCAAUGUUCGUAAACUAAAAUAUUUGUAAUACAGAAUUAUUAAAAUCUAUCAUACAGAUAUAUAAUUAAAUAGUAAAAGUUUCUAAAUUAAAAAGAUAUAAACUUCACAAAUAUGUCUGUCAAUAAAAUUCAGUCGUUAUAUUAUUUUCCGAGAAUAACUCGAUGGUCUAAGGGAAUAGGAGCAGAAUUACCGGAAGAAUAUAAAAAAUUUUGGAAGGAGUGGAAACUUCAACAGCCGACUGCAGUUCAUUACAUAAAACAGCAAGAAAAAUAUACUAGAAAUGAAAAAACAGGAGAAGUUCAACCGGUACAAAAUACUCCGAUUCCUUUGAAAUAUCCAAAAGAAUUUGAACAAUAUAUAUUGGGCGGAGAAGCUGUAAUCCAAGGCUUUCGACAACGUGAAAAGUAUUGUCGCAGAUAUCCUCAUUUUUGGUUUCCUUUAUUAAAAAAAUCUGUCCUAUAUAGUGAAGUUUUAGAUUCGUAUAUGAGAGUAAUUGUUACACAAAGAACCAUUCUUUUAAUUCAUGAAAACUACGGAUUUGAUCAUUAUUUAUUGAAGACUCCUGCGUGCGAUUUAAAGUCAGAACUUGCUGUAAAACUAAAGCGACAAAUACUUAUAGCAUUGGCAGAUAAAACAUUAUAUCCAAAUGACGAAGCCAAACGGGACGAAGUAUAUGCUAAGUAUUCACAAUAUUUAUCUUCGUAUACGCGAGAAGAAAUUGAAUGGUAUGGUUUAACAUAUAAGGAUGCAUGUAAGAAAUGGAUUGCUUUGAAAAAAGAGGAGAAUAAAGUACAGCCAUUAAAAAUUCUAUACAGAUCUGAAUUAAUAGCAAAACUUAAAGAAAAUAAUGUUAAAGAAGCACAGGAUAGUGAUGUUCUACUAAAGGAAAAGGACGGUGAUUUGUGGAUAUCCAAAUGGAAUCCAUUUUCAAAGAGCUCAGGAACCAAAUAGGUUAUUAUAACCAACUAUAGCCAUUAAGCAAGAUUGACAGCAAAAAACAAAUGCACACAUGCAGACAGACGUGAUACAAGUGGAAUGGGAAUUGAGUUUCUUUUAUAGAAAGAUCGAAACUUUCUAGAGAAGACUGUUAUCAGAAAACCAGGAACUUAUCGUCUAUACCUCCACAAUCGAAAGAUAUAAGACUUCUCGUAAUAUCGAAGGUUGUCUUAAUGUUAUUCGUAAUGUGUGAGGAAGACAAUAACAAAGAUCAAAACUAUGGCUUUCAGACAAUACAUUACUGUACCUAGAUGAACGUUCUUGAGGGGCAUGACCACAAGAGGCCGGCCCAACAUAUUCUGCCAGCUAGACUUCAAGAAAUUAAUUUCGCCUUUGAAUAUGUCAAUCAUGAGCUCAUAGUCCGAUGCGAUGUAGAAGCGGGUCAUAUCUGUCAACUAAUGUUCGGUGCGAGAAUAACAGGCAACAUAAGAAAAGAAACAAGAAUAGAAUGGUGAAGAAGAUCAACGAACAUUCAAGUACCUACCUGUGGUGUGAAUGCAAAUAUUUUAUCGUGCAGAGAAUAUAAUUUACUGGUACUCAAAAUCCCGACAUCUCUUGAUUUACGGCCAGAUAGUCCUAAUUUUUUAUUUCGUCCUGAAAACAUAAAUUGUUCAUUUAAUAUUCUAUACUAUUUUAUUCUAUAUUUAGUAUAACAUGCUUAAAAUAUUGUUAUUAAAUAAUCAUUAUUUUGAUUACCUAAAUAAGUAUAUAAAUGACUGAGUACUUUUGCUGGUUGUACUUCUAUCGGUGCUACUUCUGCGAUGGUUUGGACAUGAAUAUCGUGCUGAGCAAUUUUUUCUCUAAUCUCUGCAUCUUCUGCCAAAAUAACAACUUGAACCACAACAUCCGGUUUUUUUUCACUGCACAAACGUCGAUUCAAUGGAUCUAAUUCACCCACUGCUAGAAAGCCCUAUGCAUAAUCAAAUUUUUAUCGAUAAAGCUAAACAUAAAUUUUUUUUAAAUAUAUCAAAAUUAUAAUUAUACUUACUUCUUGCAGUAACUUUCCCAAAAUGUAAAGAGAUUGAGCCCACAUAAAUGGAUAUCUACCUAAAGCUAUGCGAGGUUGACUACCAGGUUGAGUAUAUUCUGCUGCAACAUUUUCAGAUGCAACUGAAUAUAA